AUGAAGCUCUCAAUCCUAUCACUCCUUUCCUUGGCUCUUUCUGCGACUGCAGCUCCCGCCGGCUGCGACUUUAGCCUGGUCGGAUUUGCCAAGGACAAUCCAAUUGGACCUACCACUGGCGGUGCUGGCAGGAAUGGCAAGAGUGUGACUGUUCGGACAGUGGCCGAGUUCAUCAAGGCUGUCAACGGCAGUGAGCCAACAGUUGUGUACGCCAAGGGUAGCUUCAACCUCACAUCGCGAGUUCAAGUUGGGUCCAACAAGUCCGUCAUUGGAGUCGGCAAGGGAGCUCAGAUCACUGGUUCGGGCCUGAACAUCUUCAACAAAACCAACGUUAUCAUCCGCAACAUUGGUUUCACGGCCAUUGACGAUGACGCCAUGACUAUUCGUAACAGUACCCGUGUGUGGAUCGAUCACAACGAGUUCACUACUGGCAACUUCCCUGCUCUUGGCCCUGAUGCUUACGACGGCCAAGUCGAUAUCAUUCGCGCGGCGGAUUGGAUCACAGUCUCAUGGAACUACUUCCAUGAUCAUUGGAAGAGUUCCCUUGUUGGCAACAGCGAUGCGCUCAGAGAUGUUGACCAGGGUCACUUGCACGUCACCUACCACCACAACUACUGGAGAAACGAGGGUACCCGUGGCCCUGCUGGGCGUUUUGGUCACCAGCACAUCUUCAACAACCUCUACGUCGACUUUUUGUACCAAGCCAUCCACUCCCGCAGCGACAACCAGGUUCUAGUUGAAGGUAAUGUCUUCAAGGGUAAGACACGCGAGGCUCUUAGCACUUACGGACUUGUCAUUCCGGAGGACAGCCCCAACACUAGCCCCGAUGGCGAUUACGAAUUGGACGGCUUCGCCAACCUCGGCGCAAAGAACGACUUUGGAAAGGCUGGUGUCAACAUUACUCAAGUCGGCAACUUCACCAGGGCGCCUUACAAGUACAAGCUUACUCCAUUGAAGCAGGUCGAGAAGAUUGUAAAGAGCGGCGCUGGUCUCGGCAAGAUCUGA